UCGCAGGUCCUGGAAAGGGCCUCCCCACCCCUCCGGGGUCCCAGACACCCACGAGUCACCCCAGCUUCUGGGUCUCUGAGAAGCGGAGACGCUCUAGACAAGCGAGGAUCCCUUCUCCCCCGUGUGACCGUGGAGGAGGACGAUGAAUGAGGUGAAAGAAUCCCUUCGCGGCAUCGAGCAGAAGUACAAGCUCUUCCAGCAGCAACAAUUCACCUUUAUUGCUGCUCUGGAGCACUGCAGGGAGAACGCCCACGACAAGAUCCGGCCCAUCUCCAGCAUCGGACAGGUGCAGAGCUACAUGGAACACUACUGCAACAACUCCACGGACCGGCGGAUUCUGCUCAUGUUCCUGGACAUCUGUUCGGAGCUGAACAAGCUCUGCCAGCACCUCGAGGCCCUGCACUCUGGCACCCCAGUCACCAACAACCUCCUCGAGAAAAGCAAAACCCUUGUUAGCCAAAGCAACGACUUAAGCAGCCUUAGGGCAAGAUACCCCCACGACGUGGUGAACCAUCUCAGCUGUGACGAGGCCAGGAACCACUACGGAGGCGUGGUCAGCCUCAUCCCCAUCAUCCUAGACUUAAUGAAAGAAUGGAUCGCCCACUCGGAGAAGCUGCCCCGCAAAGUGCUGCAGCCUGGGACGACUUAGCUUCUGUAUUGUUGCUUCCUCAGGGGGAGACAGUCAAGAAUAAAAAGUGUUCUACCACCU